CCCCUCACCACUUUCCUCACUCUUUCAAUUCCUCAUCGCAAUGGCUCUCGUCCGCGAUCGCCGCCAUCUCAACCUCCGCCUCCCUCUACCGGAACCCUCCGAGCGCCGUCCUCGCUUCCCCCUCCCAGUCCCUCCCUCCUCCACGGCCUCCAACAACUCGGUCGCCGCUGAUAUCGCCCCUAACGAUCUCGAAAAGCUUCAGGUACUUGGCCACGGCAACGGUGGCACAGUUUAUAAGGUCCGUCACAAGCGCACCUCCGCCGUCUACGCUCUCAAGGUCGUCCAUAGCGACUCCGAUCCCAUGACCCGCCGUCAAGUCCGGAGGGAGAUGGAUAUCCUCCGCCGGACGGACUCGCCUUACGUCGUGCGCUGUCACGGGUUCUUCGAGAAACCUUCCGGAGAUGUGGCGAUUGUCAUGGAGUAUAUGGAUUUGGGAACGCUGGACACGUUGUUAAAGAAGAACGGGACGUUUUCUGAAGCCCAACUCGCGGCGGUGGCGCGCCAGGUUUUAAAUGGGCUGAGCUAUCUCCACGCGCACAAGAUUGUCCACCGCGAUAUCAAGCCCUCGAAUCUAUUGGUGAAUCAGAAAAUGGAAGUGAAAAUCGGUGAUUUUGGAGUAAGCAAGGUCAUGUGCCGCACGCUAGACGCGUGCAACUCAUACGUUGGGACGUGCGCGUACAUGAGCCCGGAACGGUUCGACCCGGAUAGGUAUGGGGGGAAUUAUAACGGAUACUCGGGCGAUAUAUGGAGCUUGGGCCUUACCUUGUUCGAACUGUACGUGGGUCACUUCCCGUUUCUACCGGCGGGUCAGAGGCCCGACUGGGCGACCCUGAUGUGUGCGAUUUGCUUCGGAGACCCGCCUAGCUUGCCCGGGAAGGCUUCGAAAGAGUUUCGGAGCUUCAUAGAUUGUUGCCUGAAGAAGGAGUCUAGUGAGAGGUGGAGUGCCUGUCAGCUUUUGAGUCAUCCAUUUCUUUCGGGGAAGUGUUAGCUGUGUACAGGUCUGGGUUCUCAAUGCCGGGUCGGGUAGGACAGGGACUUUUUUGUCAGUCGGUGUAUAUACCGUCGGGAUUCUAUUUUGUAUUUCCCGAGUAGAAGCUGUAUCGUUUGGCCCGAGGAAGGAAACUAUACCAUUCUCUUCGUA